CAGUGAGUUCCCCGAUGACGAGUGUAAUCAUUAUUCCUUAAUUCUCCUCUUUUCGUAUUAUUCGAUCUUCUGAUCGGAAGCAGACACUGAUUGAGCGUUUCUGUGUAUCUCCUCCGACAAUGAGUAUCUCCUCCGUCGCUAAGCGGUUCUCGCCCCCAAUCCGACAUUCGUCUCAAUUACUCGGAGAAUCUCUCCCUCGUCGCCUCUCAUUACUUCUACAAUCCUGCUCUGCCCCAACCCUGCUUCGUCAAGCCAAGCAAGUCCACGCCUUUCUUAUCCUAAACAGAAUCUCCGGCGACGAGAGGAUCCUGGGGAUGUACGCAAUGUGCGGAAGCUUCUCCGAUUGCGGCAAAAUGUUUUACAGACUCGAUUUGCAACGUCGCGGUAGCAUCAGGCCGUGGAACUCGAUCAUCACCAGCUUCGUUCGAGUUGGUUUAAUGAACCAAGCUUUGUCCUUUUACUUCAAGAUGGUGAUGUUUGGAGUUAGUCCCGACGUGUCCACUUUCCCUUGUCUGGUCAAAGCUUGCGUUGCGUUGAAGAAUCCCAGAGGGGUUGAGUUCCUUAGAGACACGGUUUCUCGUCGUGGAAUGGAUUGUAACGAGUUCGUGGCUAGUUCUUUGAUCAAAGCUUACAUCGAGUAUGGAAAGAUCGGUGUCGCGAGUGAGUUGUUUGGUAGAGUAGGGAAGAGAGACUGUGUUAUAUGGAAUGUGAUGCUUAAUGGGUAUGCAAAGUGUGGGGAUUUAGAUAGUGUUAUGAAUGGGUUUAGUGGGAUGAGGAUGGAGAAGAUUAGUCCCAAUGUUGUCACUUUCGAUUGUGUUUUAUCGGUGUGUGCCUCUAAGUCGUUGAUUGGUCUCGGAGUUCAGCUUCAUGGUCUAGCUGUUGUUUCCGGUUUGGAUUUUGAAGGAUCUAUCAAGAACUCGCUUCUGUCUAUGUAUUCGAAAUGUGGGAGUUUUGAUGAUGCGUGUAAGUUGUUUCGGAUGAUGUCUCGUGCUGAUACGGUGACAUGGAACUGCAUGAUAUCGGGAUAUGUUCAGAGUGGGCUAAUGGAAGAAAGCUUAGUUUGUUUCUCUGAGAUGGUAUCUUCAGGUGUCUUACCUGACGCUAUCACAUUUUCUAGUUUGCUUCCAUCAGUCUCUAGGUUUGAGAACCUCGAGUAUUGUAGGCAAAUUCAUUGUUAUAUCAUGAGACAUAGCAUACCGUUGGAUAUCUUCUUAACGAGUGCUCUUAUUGAUGCAUAUUUCAAGUGUAGGGGUGUCUCAACGGCGCGAAAGAUUUUCAGACAGUGUAACUCAGUCGAUGUUGUUGUGUUCACGGCAAUGAUCUCCGGGUAUUUGCAUAACGGCUUGUAUACCGAUGCGUUAGAUAUGUUUAGGCGGCUGGUUGAUUUGCGAAUAUGUCCUAAUGAGAUAACUCUGGUGUCUAUUCUACCGGUAAUUGGAGGUUUGUUGGCAUUGAAACUCGGGAGGGAGCUUCAUGGUUUCAUCAUCAAGAACGGUUUCGAUAAGAGUUGCAAUAUAGGAUCAGCUGUUAUCGAUAUGUAUGCUAAGUGCGGAAGAAUGGAUCUUGCUCAUGAAAUCUUUAGGAGACUCUCUAAGAAGGAUAUUGUUUCGUGGAACUCGAUGAUCACACGUUGCGCUCAGAGCGAUGAUCCAAGUGCGGCUAUUGAUGUUUUCCGUCAGAUGGGAGUUUCGGGAAUCGGUUUUGAUUCUGUUAGUAUCUCAAGUGUCCUCUCUGCUUGUGCCAGCGUAGCUUCGGAAAGCUUUGGGAAAGCUGUUCACUGUUUCAUGAUAAGGCAUAGUUCACUUUCUUCUGAUGUAUAUAGCGAGAGUACGUUGAUAGGUAUGUAUGCUAAGUGCGGAAACCUUGAAUCCGCAAUGAAUGUGUUUGAGAGGAUGGAAGAGAAGAACAUUGUCUCGUGGAACACCAUCAUCGCUGCGUAUGGUAACCACGGGAGGCUAAAGGAUUCUCUCCGUCUGUUUCGUGAAAUGGUUGAAAACAACGGAGUACGUCCUGAUCAAAUCACGUUUCUUGAGAUAAUAUCUUCGUGUUGUCACGCUGGAGAUGUCGACGAAGGAGUUCGUUUCUUCAGAUCAAUGACUGAAGAGUACGGAAUCCAACCGCAGCAGGAGCACUACGCUUGCUUAGUUGAUCUGUUUGGAAGAGCUGGUCGGUUAAACGAAGCUUAUGAAACCGUCAAGGGAAUGCCGUUUGCUCCAGAUGCAGGAGUUUGGGGAACGUUACUUGGAGCCUGUCGGCUUCACAAGAAUGUGGAACUUGCUAAAGUUGCUUCGAGCAGGUUAAUGGAUUUGGAUCCGGGGAACUCUGGUUAUUAUGUUUUGAUUUCGAAUGCACAUGCUGAUGCUGGAGAAUGGGGAGGUGUGACUAAAGCAAGAAGUAUAAUGAAAGAGAGAGGAGUUGAGAAAGUGCCCGGUACUAGUUGGAUCGAAAUCAACAAAACAAAGCGUUCGUUUGUUUCCGGCGAUGAAAAUCAACCUGAGAUGCAUUCUUUACUAAAUUUACUUCUUGAAGAGCUGAAGCUAGAAGGCUAUGUUCCACAGCCUUACCUUCCAAUGCAUCCACAUUCAUCGAGAAAACUAAAUCCAGCAGAGAAAGGAAUGGUAGAUGCAAACAACGUAUAGCAGUUGCAGAGAUGUAGUAAGCAACAGCGAAAAGGCCGUGAAUGAAACAGAGGAUUCCUCCUAUGGACAGAACCCGAUGAUGUGAAAUCCCACAGCCUCUCCUCGAUCUUGAGUUUGCCAUUGUCCCUACGAUCAACAUGGAGAAUGCAAUUGCCAGUAUGAUCCUGAGAACACACAGAUAAAAAAGUGUUUGGAGUUUGGACUAACCAGGAGAAUAUCAGUGAGGCCACAGCUAGCUGUCUGUUGGCAGAGGAUUUUUCAAGGUCUUGUCUUGAGACAACACAGAGGCACCCACCAAGAAAAUUAGCCGUUACAUGGGCUAACACUAAAAGGAUACAUGCAGCUAAACCGUACUUGAAGGCUGUGUGACUUGGGUCUCUACACUCGAAUAUCCACAUCUUCAAAUGCUUCACCUGCACCCCCCAAAACAAACAAAUUAGCUGAAAUCCGCAACUACUAUCUAGUUUUGGUGUGUGUGUGUGUGUGUAAUGUACCUUAUUCUGAGCUACUUCGGCUUCAAUGCCGAGAAUGCCAGCUGAAACAUCCAUGGCUAGGAUCAAGAAGCAGAUGAAGAACCCUACAUUCCUCGACAUUUUUCUUCUUACAGUUUUUGAUCUGCAAUGAAACAAGUUCUUACCAGCAAACAAAGAAGCAGAAAGGGUUGUUUUUGUUGUUGAAGUAGUAACUUGCACUUUGUAUUUAUAGCAGAUAGAGUUUUAAGCUUUACAUUCUCUAGGUUGGAUGGAAUAAGAAUAAAGUGGAACAUAAGUUUCCUCUCUUGCAUUUUUACUAAAGAUCAUGUUAGAGAAUAAAAGUUUAGCUGUGAUUCUUGGUGUAAAAACUUCUUUUUUUUCCAAUGAUAUUUUAACUUUUUUGCA